CAACAUGAGAUCAAGGACCUUAUUAGUUUAAACAGAGCACAAAGUGGCAUUUGAGAGACAGGAUACUUCCUUUCAUAGUGGACACUUGUCUUUCCAGAAGAUUUAUACUGACCGAGAGCAAGGACUUUUCCCAGAGAAUCGUGUGGUUAUUUGAACUCUGCGAAACUUCCCUUUAUCUGCCGGCUCUCAGCCUCUGCCCUGGAGAGGUCUAAACCCCAGGAUGUCCACCUACAAAUGUCAAGAGGAAGGCACACUCAGAAGUCACAACUGUGUCUUGAUUUACAAAUCGGAGGCAGAGGAGGAUGAAAACCACACUCCGGACAGUAACUUAAUCGGACUCACCACCAAGAUGUUAAAAGUGAAGAGGCUAGAAGAAACCAACACAUGUUACAACAGUAACCAGCUGGAGAAAAUGGCCUUAUUCCAGUGCAUGGAAAAGGUUGAGAAAGUGAAAUGUUUUCUGGAAGAAUGUUCUAGUGAACAGGAUUCAAGAUCUGGAAAGAGUGAGGCUAAGGAGAAGGUGCGGUCACACCCCAGCCAGAAGGAAACGGCAUCUCUCAAAGGCAAAAGGACGUCAGCCCUUGCAGAUGAUGGCCCGGCUCCUUCUGCCCCAUUUCAUCACCGUAUUGUGACAGCCAAACAAGCAGCAGUCAACAGUUUUUAUACUGUGAGCAGAACUGAAAUUUUAGGAGGGGGGCGCUUUGGCCAGGUUCAUAAAUGUGAAGAGAAAGCAACAGGUCUGAAGCUGGCGGCCAAGAUCAUCAAGACCAGAGGCGUGAAGGAUAAGGACGAAGUGAAAAACGAGAUCAAUGUCAUGAACCAGCUGGAUCACGUGAACCUCAUUCAGCUCUACGAUGCCUUUGAGUCUAACAAUGACAUUGUCCUGGUCAUGGAGUAUGUGGAUGGCGGGGAGCUGUUCGACCGCGUCAUUGAUGAUAGUUAUAGUCUGACUGAGCUGGACACCAUCCUGUUCAUCAGGCAGAUAUGUGAGGGGAUAAGGCACAUGCAUCAGAUGUACAUCCUCCACUUGGACCUGAAGCCUGAGAAUAUCCUGUGUGUGAAUCGGGAUGCUAAACAAAUAAAAAUUAUUGAUUUUGGAUUGGCCAGAAGAUACAAACCCAGAGAGAAGCUGAAGGUGAACUUUGGGACUCCAGAAUUUCUUGCCCCUGAAGUUGUGAACUAUGAUUUUGUUUCCUUUCCCACUGACAUGUGGAGUGUGGGGGUCAUUGCCUAUAUGCUACUUAGUGGUUUGUCCCCCUUCCUGGGUGAUAAUGAUGCUGAGACCCUGAACAACAUCCUGGCCUGCAGAUGGGAUUUAGAGGAUGAAGAAUUUCAGGACAUCUCAGAGGAGGGCAGGGAGUUCAUCUCCAAGCUUCUGAUUAAGGAGAAGAGUUGGAGAAUAAGUGCGAGUGAAGCUCUCAAGCACCCCUGGUUGUCCGACCACAAGCUCCACUCCAGACUCAGCACACAGAAGAAGAAGAAUUGCUGCUCUGACACUCAGGACCGUGUGACCAAAUAGCCUACAGAAGGUGCCCGUUUGAAAGGAAAACUGCUGUGGUUGCUGCUGCUUCGAGAAGAUUUUUGGAAAAAUCAGCAGUUCUGUUGCCUUGACCCCUGUGACGACUGGUGGCCGUAGCCAGAGGAGCAGCCACGCUUGAACUCUGAGCCCCUUGGCCGUGCGCAGAGGGCACCCAGUGCUGCAGCCCUGCCCGCCUGCCCUCAUGUCCCCACCCCUAUGGUAGUGCCCACUUGGGAAGCCGUUUCCCUGCCAUCUUAGGUUGUAUUUUCUAUUUUUAUUUUUGAUUUUAGUCACUAGGGCAAGGGAUGCAUUAUUUCUGCUGUUUCUCAUAUUACUAGAGCAAUCAUCCUGGAGAUUUAUUUGGGAUUUUAAAACCUGGAGGAUGUAUUUAGAGGGAGAAAACUGUUUCCAGUCAUUAAAUUGUGACUUUCAAGUGAUUAUAUCCCCAGAAAACAUUCUAAGUGUGGUGCAUCCUUCAACACGUCAUUUCUCAGACUUUAUUAUUUUGAUUUGGUCUGAAAUCAGGUGAAUCCAACUGAUAAAUAAUUUGCUUUCUGGAACAUAAGCUUUCUUUGAAUUCUGAGGCAAGAGGCAUCAGCCAUUAUAUCUUCCGUUUAUUCUAAACUUUCCUCCAAGCGCAUCAGUUUCUUCCACGUAGCUGCUUCUACUUUCAAAUGAGUGGCAUGCAUUUUCACAAUGUGGUCCCUCCUCCCUUCUGGUUGAACCUGCAUCUGCAUGGAACACACUGGUUUUGAGAGGCGGUGCAAGAGGUAUCUGUUCAUGGUGAGUCUUCAAAAUGGCCACCUUUGGAAUAAUGUUGACAGUCCUGAGAGCUUUCCUCACUGCAGUUGUCAAGAAGAGAUGGGUCUGUGUAUCCUGAGGAAGGACAAUGCUUUGUUUCCAGUGUUCAAGUGAUCUGGGAAAUAGCACUCAAGUUUCUGGGUAAACUCAAACUUUUGUGAAGACGAGUGAUCUCAGCUCCGCAGAGUCUCAUGUGGCUCCUGGCUGUGAAGAAAGGGCAUUCAGAAGCCGAAGACAAGGGGAGCACCUCUGCUCACUUUUUCUACACGAGAAAGAUUUCCAGUUGGAAGUUCCUUCUUGUUCCUGAGGUCGUGUGCCAUCUCCUCACAGCUGUUUAAUAAGCAAAGGGAGCCCUACUGUAUACAGCACAGAAGGGUACAGGGACUCCAAAGAGCGAAACAGCCGCGCCAUUUCUUUAAGAAGAGACAAGGCAAAGCCACGCUUAACUCCUGGUACACAUCCAAGCUCAUCAUUCAGCUUCUUAAGCUCUCCUUCAUUUUCCAUUUCCAAAUAACCAUUGUGUUGAGAUCAGCUUAUGAUAAUGUCUAUUUUGGGCUCUGGUUGUCAUAAUGGUGAUGAUAUGGGGUAAGAAUAACGUGGUGGCUGUAUGAGUGAAGGCAGAUUUGAUUUGCACUGGCUUUUCUCCAUUAUUUCUCACAUCCACUUAGUGACUCCUUGCAGCAUGGCCACACAUAACUAUAUGUGCAACAUCCUUAUUCUCUGGGUAAGGUAAAGGAGGAGUAGCAACAGAAGAAAAUGUGUAAUGUAGUGAAGGCCACAUGCCAGCUUAGUGGUCAUGCCAGCUGUAAGACUGACUCCUUUCUAGCAUUUGCGCUUACACUGUCAUGCAUUUCUUUUUUCCUUUGGCCUAUGCAUUUACCCAAGGUUGGUUUCUCCUGUUCCUGUUAUGUGACUAUGCUUAAAAUGUUUAAUUUAGUUUUCUUAAAAAAAAAAAAAAAAAA